AGGGGGCGGACGGAGGGAUGGACGGAUGCAAGGGGGGUUGGGUGAAAGGGGAAAGUUCAGGGGUGAUGCUUCUUGUUGUCUUUGUGUGAAGGAGUGGAGCUCGAUCUCACAUCACUCUUCCCUCUUCCCCGAGUCCUCUCGAAACUCUCCCCCGGGUUUCUACCCUCCCGAACCUCUCCCCUUCUACCCUUACAACCCCAACCCUCCCCCCGGGUCUCUCAGCCAGCACCAGGACUCAGAUUUCUGAAAACCUAAUGGUCAGAAAAUCCUGUUGGAGCCGGUGGUAGGAUGUUCUGAUGGACUCAUCAUGGCUGUGAACGCUCCUGUAACUUUAUGCUGCAGAUACAGACCAUCACUGUUCACCCCUUUUAUCAUAUAUCCAUCUUGGAGACCAACAACCCCAGUUUGAAGCGGACAGAUAGGUUGCAGUUGCAGUCAUGGACUCCGGUGUGAUUGAAGGAGGGCUCAAUGUCACCCUUACCAUUAGGCUGCUCAUGCACGGCAAGGAAGUUGGAAGUAUUAUUGGAAAGAAAGGUGAAUCUGUGAAGAAGAUGAGAGAAGAGAGUGGGGCUCGCAUCAACAUCUCUGAGGGAAAUUGUCCCGAGAGGAUCAUUACAUUGGCAGGUCCAACCACAGCCAUCUUUAAAGCAUUCUCCAUGAUCAUUGAAAAGCUGGAAGAGGACAUAAGCAGCUCUAUGACCAACAGCACAGCCACCAGCAAGCCCCCAGUGACCCUACGCAUUGUGGUGCCUGCGAGCCAGUGCGGCUCCCUCAUCGGGAAAGGUGGCUGCAAAAUCAAGGAAAUUCGAGAGUCAACCGGUGCUCAGGUACAAGUGGCAGGAGACAUGCUCCCCAACUCAACGGAGCGGGCCAUCACCAUCGCUGGCACUCCCCAGUCGAUAAUUGAGUGUGUGAAGCAGAUCUGUGUGGUCAUGCUUGAGUCUCCCCCUAAGGGGGUCACUAUCCCCUACCGACCCAAGCCUUCAGGAUCCCCCGUCAUCUUUGCAGGCGGACAGGCAUAUGCCGUACAAGGACAGCACGCGAUUCCACAGCCAGAUUCUUCCUCUGCUGCUAUCUCUCCACAGCUCACCAAGCUUCACCAGCUGGCGAUGCAGCAGAGCCCCUUCCCCAUCGCACCAAGCAACCAGGGAUUCACUGGGAUUGAUGCUUCAGCUCAGACCAGUUCCCAUGAGAUGACCAUUCCAAAUGAUCUUAUUGGGUGCAUCAUCGGCCGCCAAGGAGCAAAGAUCAAUGAGAUCAGGCAAAUGUCGGGCGCCCAGAUCAAGAUUGCGAAUCCAGUGGACGGAUCAACUGACCGCCAGGUCACCAUCACAGGCUCGCCCGCCAGCAUUAGUCUGGCGGAGUACCUCAUCAACGCCAGUGUAGAGUCCUCUAAACCUCCUCCCUCCUCCUCCUCCUUGAACCCCGAACAGACCAGCCUGUGCUCUCCCUCCACCUCUACUACUACUACUACCACCACCACCUCCUCUGCUGCUACCUCCUCCUUCUCUUCCUCCUCCUCCUCUUCCUCCUGUGUGGUGCCCCCCUCAGCCUCCAUCCCACUGUCCUUGUUGGCUCCAGGGCCGCCUCCCUCCUCCUCCUCCUCUUCCUCCUCCUCUACUGAUUCCCUGCUCCCCAGCUCUCCUGCCUGUGUGUCAAGUCUCCUCAGUCUCAAGCCCCUCCCUCUCCUGGCCCUCCAUGUUGUCAGCGGGGCCAGUAACCCUGCACACCCAAUCCCCACUGAGCCAAAAAUUGCCCCAGAGCUCGGCUCCAAGUCUAAAAGGCGAAGGCUCUCCCCUUACUAACGAAGGAAACACAAGUCAUCUACUACUACAGUACUGACAGUGCUCUUUGUUGUCUGUACCUGCACUUGCUUUUGUAUCUGGCUGUGCUAUGCCACGCUUACAACAGAAAACAAAUGCACACAAAUACGUGAUAUACAGCCAGAACAGGUGGUUGCUGCCAUAUUUAUAAGAUGGGUAUCUUAAGCUUGAUUUGGCCUGUCUCUUUAAGAAAAGACAUGUUGAGUGCAUUAUAUUUUUAAAUGACUUUGAACUUAGCAUGGACAGUGACUAAUUUCACUGGUUUACUGAAGCAUUUCUCUCUUUGUGUAAGCUCUGCUCAGGUAGCGGCUCUCUUUAAGAUGUCAACCUGUAUUUAUGGGUAUAGUUUCCCUCGUAGUGAAUUUUAAGUGACUAAUGUUAGCUGUUAAAAUGGAGACUAUGUAAUCACUUCAUGUAUGAAAAUAUUGUAAUUUCAAUUCCGACUAAAUCUGCCCUCAGGUAUCUAAGGCACCGAAUCAUCCUUUUAGAUUACGUUGAUAUGAAAUAAACCAGUUUAGCUUCAAAAGUUUCACAUUUGGGGAAAUCGUGUUACUUUGUCUUCUUGCAAAGUUGAAGAAAAUGUCACUGGCAUGUCUGUAUAGUAAAUAUGUAGCUGGAAGCUAGUUAGCUUAGUGUAUAGACUGGAAAUGUAAGGGUGGGAAACGGUCAAAAUCCACCUACCACCCUUUAAAAUGUUGGAUGUUAUUAUGCAUUUGUUUAAUCUGAUUGUUUUUUUAACGUGGAGAAAACUAAUAUCUCCUGUGAAAAAGCGAUGUCAUACACAUAGAAGACACCGGUGAUAAGAGCAGGCCACGGUGUCGGGGUGCUGUAAACAUGUUUCCAGUUCAUGCUAAGCUAACCAACAGCUGACUGUAGCUUCAUAUUUAGUUAAUAGAAGUAAGAAACUAUUAAGAGUUCUGAUUUAUCAGACAACAGGAGCAGCCAAACUGGACACCUAAUGAUCUUCUUUUUUUUUCUAUAUCAGCACAUACAUUUCCCAUUCAGCAAUUCUAGCUGAACUCCUUAUACAGUAUUUUAUUGUAAUAAUGUAAUGUACAGUUGAUGAGGUUGAUAUUUAACUCGUCUGUCUGAUUGCAUGCCUUGUGCUCUCUCUCCCUCCCUGGUCUCCGGGUGUCUCUCUGUCUGUCU